GUCCCAAACAAGUCCGGCACCAUACAACCCCAACCAAAGGAACUACCAGACCUACGAAGUGCCUCCGGGCGGCUACGAUGCGAAUCGUAGCGGAUAUGACCCGAAUCGUAGCGGUUAUGACGCGAAUCGUAGCGGCUACGAGCAAAAUCGUGGCUACGAAUCGAAUCGUAAUAGCUACGAUCAGAAUCGAAGUGGCUACGAUCCGAAUCGGGGCUACGAGCAGAAUCGAGGUAGCUACGGCGGCCACCAGGGCGGGUACAAGAGCUAUGAUAGCAUGGGAGGCUACAACCAAGGGUACAGUCAAGGCGGUAGCGGCGGUGGUGGUGGCUCUGGCGGUUACAAUAAGAACUACCAAGGCGGCUAUCAACAGCAAGGCGGCUACCAGAACGAACACGACGACCGCGACCGGCGCGGGCGCAGCGGGUACAGAGGGAGGCGUUGAUGCGAUGCAGUAUGGAGGAAGCGUAGAAAGUGCUACCAUGGUUGCAACUCAUCCCCGUAACAGAGUAAGCUUGUUUUUAUCAGUGUUGUGACAAUCUGGGUACAAGUUGAGAGGUAUAUGUCGAUUAUUCGACUUUCGGUUUCAUAUUUUGAUAAAUUACAACUACCAAAAAACAUCUGAAUGUUUUGGACUAAAUAUGGUUACAGUCUAACCCACAAUUCACUGUAAGUUUAAGAUAUACAGCAUUAUAACUCAGUGUGCUUCAAAAAAUAAAAUAUCACUAACCUGCAAUCAAAUUAAUGUAAGUUCCUUUAACGGAUUUUGCAAAUAGAUUAUUUUUUUAUCCAGAAAUAUGGUUGCAAGACAUCCUUUGGUCACCCAAUACCAUUUAUUAAAUAAGAAUGUUUCCAGAUUGUCCCUACAAUGAAAUAUAGACCUGCUUAUUAUGUAUCAAUAAUUGUAAGUUAAUAUCCCUGUAAUAUUUGCAAUUAUAUGUGGCAUUACAGAAAAAAUAUAGAAAACUCGAUAGAGAUAUAUUUAGAAGGUGAUAAUAAUGUAUUUGAAAACGCAUAGAUAUAAAUGUUUAUAUACGUCCAUAUUAUUUAUUUCCCAAAAAAUAGUUUCACAUAUCAAGGUUUUGUUUCCCUGGCACUCAAACUAGGUUAAUCUGUAUUUUGAGCGACAGUGUUCCUCCACAAGUAAACUAUUAUUUGGCAAAGCCAGCAUGGUGGCCUAGAGUCUAAACUCUUAGUAGUGGAGGAGGCCCGUGCCCAACUGUGGGACAGUAUAAAUACAGGACUGAUAUGACUACAUUCAAAUUUUAUUUUCUGAUUAUGGUAAAGUUUCGAUUCAGGUUAAGUAAAAUUUGUGAGUUUUCAAAAACAGGUAGGCAUUAGUUACGUGUCUGUCUAUCCCUUCGAAGUUACAAGCGUGAUGAGCUUUUAUAUAGCUUCUGAGUUGAAUAUAGUGAAAUUGUUUAUUUCUACUCAAUGUCAGCCCAGUUUGGAAUUUGUGCCUCACGCGGGGAUAGGCUCGCUCCCUAUCUUAUCAUGAGACGCAAUAUAAAUGAAAGUGCAUUUCUUGCCUUAGAAAAUAUACCCAUGAUGAUAGUGUAAAACAUAUAUGGGCGUAUAUAAAGAAUUAUAUCAGCAAAAGUCGAACAGUAUAAAACGCUGAAUUAUAAAAUAUAUUGUUGCCAUUAUGGUUAAUAACCGGAUAAUUGUUUCAUUUUUAAUUGUUCGAAAAAUGUGUUUGUUUAAUACAAACUCAUAGUUGAGUUCCUAUAGGAUGUCCCAAAAAACUCGAGUCGUAAGUCGAAGUCGUUUAAUCUUGAUUGUGAUUGGUCAAGAGACCAAUGCGUCAGUCACGUGUUAGUCUCUCAACCAAUCAGAAUAAAACGACACGGAGUCGUGUUUUUUUGCUAAAUUAGAAAGAUAAUUUAGUAAGGAACAUUUUGGUACCCUAAGAUUUAAAAAACGGUAUAAAAUUGAUUUUUUAAAACAAUUAGUUGUAAAUCUUUGAAUAUUCCCGUAACUCAUGCGCCAUAAAUGUAUGGAAUGAAUGCUCAAGGCCCCUUGAUUGGAGAGGGCUUUAUGGAAAGGCUAUCCGGUACUAUGCAGAUGACCACUUGCAAAAGCUAUGCGAGCAACAAGUUGGAAAUAACUGGCCUAGGACCUUGGGAGGCCUAUGUCCAGUGGACUGCAACGGGCUUAUGGUAAUAAUGAUGAUGAACCUUGGAAAACCGAACUAUAAUUCAGCGUCUUGUAUAAACAGUAUAUUGUAUUUAUAUGUGAUAAAAUUGCACUGGCUCAUUGUCAAUAUGUAUUUUAAUAUAGCUAUAAGAAUAGUAUAAUAUUUAUUAUAAUACAAAACUCCGAGAACAAUAGUUUAUAUUGCAAUUAACAAUACUUAAUAUUGUGAGGUAUAUUCUAUAAUUUAACUACUGGACACAAUAAGUGUUUAAGGAUUUACAAUUACUGGUUCGGUCAAGUCGUAAUGAAUCAAAGAAAAGAUAGGAAUCGAGGGGUUUAUUGAAAAAAGCAGUAAAAUAUUUUAUUACUAACUAAAUAUAUUAUGUAAUUGUUUAUCAAAAACAACCAUGGUUAUGAUAACUGGCAAUAAUAAUAUGGUAGCUUUCAAGAAAAAUAAUGAUAAAUAAUUCUACGUUUUCUCCAUAAUUAGCUUUAAUUAUGUAUAACCGACUGAAAUAUAACAAAAUUAAAUAUCUGAUGUGAGACGAGUCUCAGUGUUUACUUUUAUUUUUAUGUUAAAUAAGUUCGGCCAUAUUCUUAAAAUGAUAGAAAAAUAAUUACCUUGCAACACUGA